CCUGAAUAUUUACUUCUGCACUGCCACUGAUUUGCAAUUAAAUCCUCUCGGCGAGAUUAGGGUUUGCUGAUUUCAAGAAGACACUCGUUUGUUUCCAGGAAUAUCUGGGAGUUCUUCCGGCCGGAAUCUGGUUCUGACCAGAACAGAAAGGGUUUUUCAAUUUGAACUCAAGAGGUAGUUGUUGUAACUUGAAGCUGGUCCAUUAUCUUCUCUGUCUUGAGAACUUUGGACCGUUUUCUUUAAUUUACAGCCAUUCGAAUGGUUCAUGAGAAACAUAAUGGGAAAAAAUAUUGUCAAUACGGGUAAAAAUUUGAAAGGACCAUCAUGUAUUGGAACUAGAAAUACAGAUCGCAUUGGCAUAACAAGGUCUUCUCAGGAAAUGCCAUCAAGGACUAGGCAGUCUAAGCUACUUGAGAAGAAGCCUCCCCCUACACUGCACUCUCAGAGGAGGUCUCAGAGACCUGACACACCUAGUCCUUCAAGGACCCCUGGUAGGGAUAAAAGACAUAUUAUAUCCAGUUCUUCAGGGUCAAAACUCGCAGAGGGAGACUUGAAUUUAGUUAUCACAAAGAAAAAUGGGGAAAAAGAGCAGAGUGUGAAGCAGCCUAUUACAAUGAGCUCUGAGAAAGAUGGCAACAUUAGUAAGUAUAAUAUGUCUAUGAAAAGGAAGAGAAUGGAUGCCCGUGCUUUUCGUUCAUUGUUUAAACAACAACGAAUAAGACAGCUAAUACCAGUAGCCAUUUACGAGGAGUCAAAAAGAUCAAGUAAAUUUCCAGGACUUGGCAGUGGCAACAUGCUUGUUGGGGACAAAGUGGACGGGGAUGUUGAAUGCCACCAAGGCGUUGCAAAACAAUUUGGUGAAUACCAUUCUGUACAAUGUGAUGAAGUUGUUUCCCUCUCUAGUUCAGAGGGGUUUACUAUGGGAACUUUACAUAGUCACGACGAGGCAGAAUUGCCACAAUCGAAGGAUAUUUAUACUUCGGCACAAGGACAGAUUGCUGGUCUAUCCGAAGCAGAUAGCUUAAAAGCUUCAGCGAAUGGUUGCACAAUCAGUGACACCUUGGAUGGGACUGAAAUACUGCUUGAGGGAUGCUCUGGUAGAGACACUGAGAAGAUUCGAGAUUUGAGAAGAUUUACUUCUUUCAGUGAAUUGAAUUCACAAAGUGGAGAGCAUAGUAAAAAACAAAAAUUAGAUGAUAGCCAAUCUAUGUUUAAAUUAGCCAGCGAUGAAAAGCAUUGCUUUCCUGGGUCCUGUGGUGCAUGUUUGAAACAAAAAAGGCUUGAUCAUGAUUUCCCAAAUGUUGAGCUCUGCACGUGUGGUGUUGUUUCGAAGAAGGAUGCUGGUAAUGAAACUUUUUGUAAGGAUAAAAUGGGUGUUGAAGCAGGGUGCAAAGGUGCAAACAUAAGUUCUCACGAGGAUAAUCAUGAAAACAUUUGUGAUUUGUGCAAGCAAGAUGGAAAAAGCCUGAUAUGUUAUGGUAAAGGUUGCAGGAGAUGUUACCAUCUCUCUUGUUUAGGUCCUCCUUUGGAUGGUGUUCCAUCUGGAGUCUGGCAUUGUCUCUGGUGUGUGAAGAAAAAGAUAGAAUAUGGUGUCCACUCAGUGUCAAAGGGAAUAGAGUUGAUAUGUGAUGCUAGAGAAGUGGAAGUAUUAGGUCCCACAGGAACACAAAGGCAGAAACAAUAUCUUGUCAAGUAUCAAGGUCUUGCCCAUGUUCACAAUGACUGGCUUCCAGAAGAACCAUUGCUUAUUGAAGUGCCAUCCAUUAUUGCAGACUUUAAUCAAAAAAAUCAUGGUGUCAGUUGGAACUCGGAAUGGACAAUACCUCAAUGUUUACUGAAGAAAAGGUUAUUAUCUUUCUCCAAGCUGCAUGGGAAAAACAAAAAUCUUGAUGUUGACAAUGAUUUAGAAUGCAAACACGAGUGGCUUGUGAAGUGGAAUGGCCUUGAUAUUGAGAAUGCCACAUGGGAGUUGGAGAAUGCUGAUUUUCUUUGUUCAUCUCUUGGUCUAAGGCUCAUUAAGGAGUAUGAGAGUUGUCAAGGAAAACCAAGUGAGAUGCUCUUGAAACAUAAUGCCUAUCAAAAUGGACUGGAAUCUUCCAAGUUUCAUGAGUAUUGGCUUCCUGUUCAAGUUUCCAACUUGCAGCUUGAGCAGUAUUGUCAUGCACUAUACUCAAAUAUAAAUGCCCUGUGUUCUUCAUCGAAAAAAAAUGAUCUUGUUGGGGUGCUCAAUGAUGUUCUACUCAAUGUUAGAAAGUGUUGUGAUCAUCCCUAUAGCUUUGAUGGAUCUGUGCUAACCCUCACCCUCAACAAGGGCCUUUCUCCUGAAGAGAUUUUCGAAUUUGGAAUAAAAGCAAGUGGGAAGUUGCUUCUUCUUGACAAGAUGCUUUCAGAAAUAAAACACAGACAUCUUAAUGUAGUUAUCUAUUUUCAGGAUUCUAUUGGCACUGGAUCAUCACUUGUUAGUAUAUUGGAGCAUUUUUUGCAAGGAAGGUUUGGGGUAGAUUCUUAUGAAUGUGUACACUCUUGUCUCCAUCUUUCUAAGAGGCAAGCAGCUCUCAAUAGGUUCAUGAAGAAGGAAAAUGGGCUAUUUGUACUUCUAUUGGAGCACCGUAUGUGUAACUCAAGCAUUAGAUUAUCAUCAGUGGACAAUGUCAUCAUAUAUGGUAGUGAUUCUAAUCCUCAAAAUGAUUUGAAGCUUAUACAAAAGCUAUCAUUUAUGCCACAGUCUAAACCGAUUAGAGUUUUCCGGCUAUAUUCGUGUUAUACGGUGGAAGAGCAAGCACUUGUGAUUGCAAAGCAAGAUCCUGUUGAUAACAUUCAGAGUUUACACAGGAAUACAAAGAGCACUCUCAUGUGGGGUGCUUCACAUUUAUUCAGCCGAUUGGAUGAGUACCAUGCCAGUGACUGCCAGGCAUCAGAUUCAGAUAUUUCAUAUGGAGAGUCAUUUUUGAAUGAUGUUGUUAAGGAAUUCUGUUCCAUAAUUUCUCCAGACAAUGAAAUGGAUGCUAUGCACAUUCCAAUUAUUUCUAAAGUUCUUCAAAGUUCUGGACCUUGCACUACAAAGCCUCCAUUAUUUGGAGAGCAGAGUGUGAAAUAUACAUGUGGAGAAGAGCCACAGUUGUUUUGGAAAGGGUUGUUAGAAGGAAAGUCUCCACGAUGGAGACAUAUAAGUGGGCCAACUCCAAGGAACCGAAAGAGAGUCAAAUACUUUCAUGACUCUCCAUGUACUCCAGACGUUAGUAAUGAUGAAGCAGGAAAGAAGCGCAGGAAGGUUGUGAACAGUGAUGUGGAUGUUUUCUCCAAUUUACCUGUACCUGAAGGUGGCCAACUUGCUGAUUCAAAGAAAGGACCUUCUACAACUGGAACUGCUAAUCAGUCAUUGCCAAAAUCAACUCCCUGUCAAAAUGGUGCUCAUGAUCAGGACCAUGGCACGAGGUCUCUAUGCAGCCCAUCACAUGUUGAUGUUGGAUCUGUGGAAAGAAAAGCUCUACGUGAUGACCAAAAGAACCUUCAAGUCUCUUUAAAAGCAGAGAUUGCCAAAGUUAUUGAAGUGUUAAAACUCUCGGAUGAUGUCAAAAAUAUGGUUGGAAUAUUCAUAGAUUAUAUUAUGGAGAAUCUUCGUGUUUGCAUAGAAUCAGCAACUCUCUCACAGGCAUUGCAAGUAUCUCUGUGUAAGAUGGCUGCCAGAAUCUUGGGGCAAAAGAUUGAUGUUAACACUAUACUUUUGUUAACGAAAGAACAUCUUGAAUUUGAAUGCACUAAGCACGAAUCAAAAGACGUUUAUAGGAGAUUGCGUUCAAAGACAGAAGCAUUUUUGCGUCACUUGGAAAAGAUUGGAUAUGACUUAAAGCAGCCAAAAAGGAUGGAAAAUGCAGGGACUGAAAUUAUUGAAGAGGAGAUAUGCACCAACAAAAAUUUUGUUGCACAGCAGACCACAGAUGUAAGAGAUAAUGUUGUUGAGAGUGAAAUGGAUAAGAUGGUCAGGCAAGUUCAAUGCAAGUGUGACAUGAGGAUGUCAAGGCUCAAAGAAAAGCAACAUGAAGAAAUUGAGCACUUCCAGAUAGAGUGCGAGCGCAAGAGGAUUUCUAUAGAAAAACUCCACAGUGUGCAGUUAGUCAUUAAUCACGCCAUACAUUGCAAUACUAUUAUGGGAAAGAACAAGUUGAAGCAACUAAAUGAUAAUUUUGCACGAGAAAUAGCGGAACUCAACCGCUUUAAGGACAUGAAAAUCAAAGAAAUUGAAGAGAAUCAUGAAACUGAAAGGAACAUGGAAAUGCAAAAGGCUGCUUCUUGGAUCGCUAAUGCUAAAUUAUGCUGUGUCGAUGGGGUUGCAACUGAGCUGCACUCGUGCACAUCUGAUUCCAGAGAUGAUGUUGGAGACCCGAAGGCUGAUGAUCACAAUUCUUAUUCACGCGAUGACACAAGAAGACUUCAAGAUAGUUUAUCCGUCAACGGUACUGUUUUUCAUUCCGGGGAAGGUGCUGGGAACCUUCAAGAUGUUGCAGGUGCCAGAAAGACAUCUGAUUCCUGUGAUGAUGUUGCAAAUCUUCAAGAUACUAUACAUGCCAAUAAAGAUGCUACUGGUUGUGGUAUCGACGACCUUGAAGAUAAUAUAUCUAUUGAUAGCGUUAAUCAUCCUUUAAAUAUCCCCCCCAGAGAUGAUAUUAAAAUCAUUCCAGAUAAUGCAAAUGUAGUUAAUAUACAUGCCAAUAAAGAUGCCACUGCUUGUGGUAUUGGCAACCUUGAAGAUAAUACAUCUAUCAAUAGCAUUAAUCAUCCUUCAAAUGUUUCCCCCAGAGAUGAUAUCAGAACUGCUCCAGAUAAUUCAAAUGUUGAUAGUUUACAUGCCAAUAAAGAUGCUACUGCUUGUGGUAUUGGCAACCUUGAAGAUUAUACAUCUAUCAAUAGCAUUAAUUGUCUUUCAAAUGUUUCCCCCAUAGAUGAUAUUCAGAACAUUCCAGAUAAUGCAAAGGUUGAUAGUUUACAUGCCAAUGACGAUGCUACUGUGUGUAUUAUUGGCAACCUUGAAGAUAAUACAUCUAUCAAUGGCAUUAAUCAUCCUUCAAAUGUUUCCCCCGGAGAUGAUAUUCGAAACAUUCCAGAUAAUGCAAAUGUUGAUAGUUUACAUGCCAAUAAAGAUGCUACUGCUUGUGGUAUUGGCAACCUUGAAGAUAAUACAGCUAUCAAUAGCAUUAAUCAUCCUUCUAAUGUUCCCCAAGGAGAUGAUAUUCAAAACAUUUCAGAUUAUGCAAAUGUUGAUAAUCCUCCAAGUGUUAGCUCUCCAUUUCGGUGUAAUGCAGAGGCAAAUGGCCCCAGUGAAUCUUUGAAUGAAUCAGAGCACAACAUGGAACCUCCUAAUGUGCACACAUCUACAUCAAUUGUGAGCCAAUCUAAAGAAGUUUUCACAACCACAGUUUCUGAGAAGCCCACAGAGGCUAUAUCCACUACAGAAGUAUUUUUGUCUAGUCCUAGUCAGCCCAAUGAAUUGUUCACUGUUGGUUACAGUUGUGAGGAUACUGUUCCUGUGGUUCCAUCCUCUUUUGAAAAUUCUGUUGAUGAGAUUCCAGAGAAUGUGCAUAGUGAAGCUGAUAUACCUGACCAUAUGUCUGAAGAAGGUGUUCCGGGGGUCCCAUUGACUUCCAUAAAGCAUACGGUUUCUGAAAUUUCUGUAGGUGCACCUAAUGAAAACAUUAUCUGUGAUAAAAUAUCUGAGGGUGUUGUUCAUGUGGUGCCAUUAGCAUUCGAAACCCAAACUGUUGACAAUGUUGUAGGUGACCAUCCAUCUGAGGAUAUUGCUCCUGGUGUUCCCAUGACUUUUAAAAAGCAUACUAUUGAUGAGGUUUCAGUUGGUGCACACAGUGAGGAUGUCAUAGGUGGCCGUCAAUUGACGGAAUCUGCUCCUGUAGUCCAAAUACCUUUCCUAAAGCAUACUGAGAUUUCAGUAGGUUCGCAUAGUGAAGGUGUUAUAUGUGGCCGUUCAUCGAAGGAGAUUGCUCCUGUGGUCUCCUUGACUUUUGAAAAGCAUGCCGCUGAUGAGAUUUCAGUUCGUGUGCAUGGUGAAGAUGGUAUAAUUGACCAUACACGGGAAGUCCAUGAAUCACGUAUUAGCACAGGAGGAUUGUUGGUGAAAGAUUGUUCACCUACUAAUAUUACUGAUUCUGCCAAUAGUGAUAGAAACCAGAAUGAUGCAGCUAAUAAUUGUGCAGAUGGAAACUCACCAUCCCAAGAUAAUUUAUUGGCCUUGCCCAAUGUACAAACAUGUGCUUAUUCAGAUGAUUGUCUAUCACAACAUCAAGAUCAUGUCCCUGAGGACAACUCUUGCCAACUUUUAGUAUUGGAUGAAUCACAACUCAAUCGGGAACAGCAAUUAGAAUUUGAAGCUGGAUCUCUUAGGGGGGAUGAUGCAAGACCAAUUGCACAUUCAAAUUGUGAAUCUGCCCCGACUGAAAAUAGUGAGCCUCCACAACCUCAAGGUGGCUUUUCUAAUAUAUCUGAUCAACCUCCCAGUGAAGCUGCAUGUGCGACAUCUCCUAAUCGGGAGACCAAUGAUUCACAUCCCUCCGAACCUUCACCUGUAUUGGUUGAUUUUCCUAACGUGACACUUCAUCAGAGUCAGACAGGUUUAGCAGCCAGUAGAAUCAGCUGCCAUUCUAGCAGUGAUUUACACUGCACCCUUCCUCAGAACACCACUACUAGUCUCCCCCUUGAAGUGAGGAUAUCAAGUGAGCUUCAUAACCAAUUGACUAUGCAACCUUCUUAUAUGGCCUCGGUUCCUGGACCUACCAACGCCCACACGAAUCAUCCCCAUUUUAUGUCUCCCAUAAACCUGCCUGCUCGUCUUCCGGUUAAUCCUCUUUCCAAGGAACUGGAAAGGAUAAACAAAGAAAUAGAACACGCUGUGAAGUCCCAUGAAGAUUGGAAGGUGCGGCACAGAUCUGAUUGUGAGAAGGAAAUACAAGAAAUGGUAGCUCAGAUUUGUAGAAGAUAUGAGUCAAAAUUUCAGGAGACUGAGGCAGCUUUUUUGAAGAGGAAAAGUGAACUAGAAGGGAAUCAUAACAAAGUUCUUAUGCACAAGAUAUUGGCGGAAGCUUACAGAUCCAAGUGUCGGGAGCCCCGGUCUGCUGUGCUUCCACAAUCGCAGCAAGCUAAACCUCCCAGUUAUAUGCUGCUGCAGCAGCAGCUACAAAAUGCAUCAGUGCUUCAUGCAUUGAGACCUCCUCCCUCUGUAUUUCUUCCAGCUUCACACCAAGCAUCUAAUCCGCCAGGUUUUUCUUUAAGGACACAACUAUCUGUCCCCAGUUUUUCAUCUCAAGCUGUCCAACCCCAACAAAUGGUUGGCCACCAGCAUGCUUCUUCUGUCCCAUCACCUUUCUCCUGGGCAUAUAAUAAUAACCCUUCCCCCAACAUCUCCAGAUCCAUCUCCCCCUCUGCUACUGCUACUCAGCCUACUCUAUCAUCUUCAGUUCCCGCACGACCGCCGCUCAUUGGUGACAUGUUGCCUUCAGGGGGUAACACGAGGAUAUCUGUUGGAGAUAUGCGUGCACGUGCACCGGCCCCACACCUUCACUUAUUCAGACCUGUAAGUAUCCCAAGUGCUGCCACCACCACAACUGCACCCCUCCUCCCUCAGGUGCCACCUCAGUUGCCACAGGCAGUGUUUUUUCGGCUUCCUCAACAGUUGGUUGUAACCGAAAACACAGAAACCAACAAUAAUACUCUCCCUCACUUGCCAGAAAUCAGCACAAGUGCUGCCACCACCUCUGCACCCCUCCCUCAGCUGCCACCUCAGCUGCCACAUGCAGUGCCGUUUCGACUUCCUCAACAGUUGGUUGCAAAUGACACCACGGAAAACAACAAUAUUCUCCUUCCCCUACCAGAAUUCGACGCAGCAUUUGAUAUGAUAGACUUGUCCGAGUUUGGAAUAAUGGAUAAUACCUCAGCAGCUCAAACAAAUGCCCCCAUGGAUGUCGUCUAUCUCUCUGAUGACGAUUGACCCAUACAUUUUGAAAGAUCCAUCUGUCCUUUAAUAAGUGUUUUUGUCCUCGCAGGGAAUUGCAUUCGUGCCAUGGAUGACAUGAAUUGAAGAUCAUCCACCCCGGCCCCUCUGCUCCCCGCAGGUUAUUUAAUACAGUAAAACCUCUAUAAGAAUAUCCUUGGGAUGCAUGUUUUCAGCAUAGUGGCACUAACAUAGAGGUUAUUCUUACAUAUGGUAAUACAGUAUUAUUACUAUAUAUAGAGGUUUUAUUGUAUCUGUGCACAUUCUUCCCCCAUUUUUUCCCCAUUUUGUUUUGGCUGCACUGGGAAGAAUCCACCAGCUUUUGUGUAAAUAUAUGCAUCUUUUCUGUAUUCAUUAACCACUCUUCCUUUCCUCUGUAAUGGGGGAAAAUUGUGCUCCAGUGAUUGCAGCAUUCCUUUAUCUUUAAUAAACUUUUGCUAAUAUA